GGCCCUGGUCGCAUAAUGAUUACGUCACACACGACAACAAGGGAUACCGAGCUGGUUUUAUGGAAGAAGGCGCGCGGCGAUGGCUUCAGAGGAUGAGGUCAGUCUCCUGGUCAUUGUAGUCGACGUCAAUCCGAUCUGGUGGGGACAGCAGUCUCAGAAAGAGCCUCAGUUCACUCUGUCAAAAUGCCUGGAUGCGGUGAUCGUCAUGGCAAACUCUCACCUGGUGAUGACGAGAACCAACAAACUGGCCCUCAUCGCCAGCCACUGUCAGGAGAAUCACUUUCUAUACCCGAGUAAGUACUGGAAGCCCGGAGAUGCUGCCGGGGAUCACGCGACCGGAUCUGGGACCAGUGACGGCAAAUACGAGCUGCUGUCUGUCGCGGAUGAUGUCAUUGCUGAUGAGAUUAGGAAACUAAUGGCCAGAACGCAAGUGAGAGGCCACCAGACCGACACGUUACUGGCCGGAUCCCUCGCCAAAGCUCUCUGCUAUAUUCAUCGAGUGUCUAAGGAACUAGAAGCGGGCCAAGACAUGAAAUCAAGGAUACUGGUGAUUAAAGCAGCUGAGGAUUGUGCUCUGCAGUACAUGAACUUCAUGAAUGUGAUCUUUGCUGCACAGAAACAGAAUGUCCUGAUUGAUGCGUGUGUGCUGGACUCGGAUUCAGGCCUUUUGCAGCAGGCUUGUGAUAUAACUGGUGGACUGUACCUAAAGAUCCCGCAGAAAACUGCUCUGGUACAGUACUUGUUGUGGGUUUUCCUGCCUGAUGCGGAUCAGCGCUCACAAUUGGUGCUUCCACCCCCGGUUCACGUUGACUACAGAGCGGCCUGCUUCUGCCACCGCAACCUCAUCGAGAUCGGCUACGUCUGCUCCGUGUGCCUGUCCAUAUUUUGCAACUUCAGUCCUAUAUGCACAACCUGCGAGACGGCCUUUAAGAUUCCUCUGCCACAGAUGAUGAAACCGAAGAAGAAGAAACUUAAAGUUUCGAACUGAUUCAGUCUUCUGAGAACUUAAAUAUUAAUCUCUAAUUUAGUUUUAUUUCGGAUGUGUAUUAUUUUGUUGAUCUAAAACUCAAAACCAUAAAGUGGGCAUUAGAGUUUUGUAAGAAACAUAUACAAGCUUAAACUGUUAUGUACAGUCAUUUUUGGGAACUCUUGCAGGUUUACAUUUUUGUACUGUAAAUAGAAAAUAAAAGAUUGUGUUUUGAUUAUA